UCUAUCAGGGAAAACAGUGUCGACUCGAAUGUGUACAGUGCGCGUUGUUUAAUAUUUAGGAUUGUGUACAAUACCGCCCACACAAUGUAUCAAUUAACGUCCAUCACCGAUUGUAGGAUAUACAUCGCCACUGCGUUUUUGAUCGCAGUGUCGAUCACCUAUUACUUUUCCAUUUCAACGUUCGAUAAAUGGAAAAAACUCAACGUGCCCUACAUCAAGCCAAUUCCGUUGUUCGGAAACUUUAUGAAAGUAGCUUUGGUCAAAGACCACCCGUUAGAGUUCUUUGAUAAAAUCUAUUACAAGUUCUCCGGUCUGAAAUACGGAGGACUAUUCCAGAUGAGGACACCGUAUUUGAUGAUUCGUGAUCCAGAAAUAAUCAUUAACGUGCUAAUAAAAGAUUUCUCAUAUUUCCCCGACCGUGGUAUUUACUCGGAUUUCUCAAACAAUCCAUUGUCGGAAAACUUGUUCUUCAUGGAAAAUCCUCGAUGGAAAACAAUAAGAAACAAACUAAGUCCUGCUUUCACAUCGGGAAAACUCAAGAUAAUGUAUGACCAGAUCAAAGAAUGUGGCACUAAAUUAAUGGAAAACAUUGAUGGCGAUUUAAUGGGGACAAAUGGCGAAAUAGAAGUAAAAGACACCAUGGGAAAGUAUUCGACUGACGUCAUCGGCACUUGUGCUUUUGGGCUCAAGUUAAACGCCAUAAGUAAUGAUGAAAAUCCAUUUCGUAAGUACGGAAAAUCGAUAUUCAUACCUUCAAUGAGAAUGCUAUUUAGAGAACUGUGCCUGAUGGUUACACCCACACUUUUGAAAGUCGUAAGAGUGAAAGAUUUUCCACCAGAAGCAACUGACUUUUUUCACGAGGCAUUUAAAGAAACGUUGACGUAUAGAAUUGAAAAUAAAAUUGUCAGAAAUGACUUCGUUAAUUGUUUGAUGCAAGCGAGAAAUGAUUUGACUUUAAAUACAAAUUUACCAAAAGAAGAAAAAUUUUCGGAAUCACAAAUUGUAGCAAACGCUUUUGUAAUGUUUGCUGCUGGGUUUGAAACAACGUCCGGUACUUUAAGUUAUAUAUUAUAUGAAUUAGCGUUGAAUGUACCUGUUCAAGAGAAAGUACGUCAAGAGUUUCAAUUGAAUUUAUCCAAAAAUAAUGGACAAAUUGACAACGAAUUUUUAACGGGGCUUAAUUACAUGGAAAUGGUUAUUGCGGRUUUAUUUAAUCGCCGGUACGAAGAAAUGAUUAUUUUUGCUUUUAAAAAAAUGUCUUUAUAA